UGGUGGGGGGAUGAGUGUUUUGGUGCCGGUGGAUGUGUUUGUCUGAGGGAGCCUCUGUGAACUCUGCUUUAAAGCGACCUGUGCUCGGUCAAGUGUCACGCUGCGCGCGGGCUGUCACGCUCAAGUUUGUCGGCAGCAUGGCAGCCGCGGCUCCGCUGCGUUUCCACUCAGCGGCCGUCAUAUGAUUCACUGGAGCGCAGAAAUCCGAACUGCGCCGAACAAGCCCUGAUGUUCCUGUUACGCUGAGGCGGAAAUAUUAGUGUCGUUAUGUGUGUGUUUGUUUCCGCGGCUGAGGCGUCAGGACGCUGCACCAACUCAAGUGUUUCCAGUGUGAUCCGAGAGCAAACUACAGACAGGGCAGAGUUAGGGUCUCGGUCCUGAACUGACAGCUUCACAUCUGAGCUGCUCCUCGGGACCACAACAUGGGAGCAGACACAUCACAUGUACCGAGGAUCUUACUGUUAUCCUGAUAAAAGUGUGGGAUGCUGCUGUGUCCGUCCAGAUCUUCUGUGAACGUCGUUAUUUGUGUUUACCUAGCUUGUUGUCAUCAUUUACCUUCCUCUGAUAAGGAGGAUGUCAGUAUAUUUAGUCUGCUCUCUGCCCUGCUUCUAUUCUCGGACGUGUCCAGUUACAGUCUCGAGUGUUGGCAUUGAGUUAAAGAUGCUCAAAAUGCUGUCCGGCCCGAUGGAGUUAAUGAAAUAUUAGUUUUCACUCCUUCAAAGUAAAUGAGCAGGAAAUGCAUUAUAACAUAGAAAUGCAUCAUGACAGAGAAAGCGCUGCUGGGCUUCACCACAACAGCUCUUAUUAAAGCAAACCAGGAGAAAGUGAUGCUUGUGUUAGAUUUUCAGCUGCGCCGGGUUCAUUUGAUUAUAAUUUAAAAAAUCGACCAUGUCGCGGUUAAAAUUAAUAGUUUGGCUGUUGUUUUGAAUGAUCAAAUAAGUUUGGAGUUAAGUGCGCAGAUUGCCGCUUUUCACUCUCCGUUAUUUUAUCUGGAGUUUAUACUGAAGUGAAACUGAGGCAGAGACAGACACAACUUUUUUCCACUACAUGCAAGUCAGAGAGAUGCGCAGCGUUAGUGCUCAGAUUCACAUGACGAAUAAAACCAAUGGAAGCCAAUGGAAUCUAAAGAAUGCUCAAACUAGACAAAAUGGCUUGCGCAGCAGACAGCUGCAUACAAUUCACACGCCAUGCAAGUGAUGUUCUGCUCAACCUGAAUCGGCUGCGCAACAGAGAUAUUCUCACAGAUGUCACUAUUUUGGUGAACAGACAGCAGUUUCGUGCACACAAGACCGUUCUCAUGGCUUGCAGUGGGCUGUUUUACACCAUCUUUACUGACUCCCACAAGUGCAACCUUAAUGCAAUCAGUCUGGAUCCAAAAGUAGACCCAGAGGGCUUUGCCAUCCUGCUGGAGUUUAUGUACACCUCCCGUCUCACACUAAAGGAAAGUCUGAUCAUGGCUAUCAUGAACACAGCCAUCUACUUGCAGAUGGAUCAUGUUGUGGACACCUGCCACAGAUUUAUCAAAUCCAGUGAUCCAGCUGCCAAGCUGCCCAGAGAUGAGUUUUUGGUCAGUCCCUUGGUUUUACCUCAGGAUGUCCAUGCAUACCGGCCCCAUGAUGUCGUUGACAGUUUGCACAGCCGUGUAGCUCCGUUUAGGGAUGGACGGCCCUACAGCUCUAACAUCUUCAACGGGGUCAGCACCCCCAGCAACUACCAUCUCUAUGGGCAGUUUCCCAUGCCAGGAUUCCCCUUCCCUCUCUGCAAGCUGACUGAUGCCAAAAACGCUUUCGCAGACCUCUCUAAGAGCAGUAUCCACCACAAGCAUUGUUCUCCGCAUGACAGCGCCAACAGCAUCAGGGCAGAAUACACCAGGGCAGUUGGCAGCAGCUCCUCCAGCAUUAUUCACUCCACCACCUACGCUUCCAGGGAGUUAGCGAGAGACAAUGAGAUAAGGAAGGAAAGCCACGAGGGGGUCAACAGGUCUAUCGGUCUCGGUACAAGGAAGCGUAUGUUUCCUGUGUUAAACCUCGAGCACCAGAAAGACUCCGGCAAAGAGCUCGCUCCUCAGGCAGAGGAAGACCUGAUCCAUCAGCACUAUCCACUGGGAAUCUCCUCCGCUGGACGCAAGAGCCUCAUGAGCAGCCCUCAGAGCCCCCUCAAAUCAGACUGCCAGCCCAACUCGCCAACUGAGUCCAGCAGUAGCAAGAACGCCGGACUCUCCCAAGCCGCCGGAGUGCAAGCCCCGCAAGGCACGCAGGACCCCAAAGCUCGGAACUGGAAGAAGUACAAGUUCAUUGUUAUGAAUCAGAGUGCUAAGGAAGACGAGGUGGGGCUGCGGGAUCCUGGGCUUCGGUCACCUCAGCACCUCGGUCUGCAACCCUACCUCCACCCCAGUGACUCGGAGAACCUCGACCCACAAACCAUAAGCAAGAGCAACAAUCACAGCGAGGAUCCGCCCGUGCCCCAGGCUAGUCGUCUUAACAACAUCAUCAACAGUGCACUUGAGGGGUCACUGAGGAAUGGUGACAGCCACGCUCCUCACUACCUGAGCCGCUUGAACUGCUCCUCCUGUGGCGCCCAGCCCCCCCAGCACUCGGAGGUCUGUCCCAACACUUCUCGCUCCCGUCGGGCAGAAGACAUGACAGAACUACACUCAGAAUACUCUGACUCCAGUUGUGAGAACGGUACUUUCUUCUGUAACGAAUGUGACUCCAAGUUUGCGGAAGAUGAGGCGCUGAAACAACACAUGCUUCAGGUGCACAGCGACAAGCCAUACAAGUGUGACCGCUGCCAGGCUGCUUUCCGCUAUAAGGGCAACCUUGCCAGCCACAAGACUGUCCACACAGGAGAGAAGCCGUAUCGCUGUAAUAUCUGUGGUGCUCAGUUUAACCGACCAGCUAACCUCAAGACUCACACUCGCAUCCACUCAGGAGAGAAGCCAUACAAAUGUGAGACGUGCGGAGCUCGUUUUGUGCAGGUAGCUCAUCUCCGUGCCCAUGUGUUGAUCCACACGGGUGAGAAGCCAUAUCCCUGUGAGAUCUGUGGAACACGCUUCCGUCACCUGCAGACGCUGAAGAGCCACCUUCGUAUACACACGGGAGAAAAGCCCUACCAUUGUGAGAAAUGCAACCUGCACUUCCGCCACAAGAGUCAGCUACGGCUGCAUCUUCGUCAGAAGCACGGCGCCAUCACUAACACAAAGAUCCAAUAUCGUAUGUCCACGGCUGACAUGCCCACCGAUUUGACGAAGGCGUGCUGAGCCACAAUAAGGGAACAGUUUCAUUGGAGGCAAUCUUGACCUUGGCAUUUAAAGACCCCAACUUGUACAAUCAUCCAAAAUUGUAGUGCCACACUGUGUUCAUUAGACAAAUAAAUUGGCUGUGUACGCCACUCUAAACGGGUUUCCACUACAUGUGAACGUAGAGCCACAUAUGGCAUCUUAGUCACUUUAUUGUUUCUAUAUAGAUAUAAAUAUAUAUAUACAUGUAUGUAUGUUGGGAGUGUUUCUAAGCUUUGAAGGUACGUAUAUAAAGCUUUAUUUUGUUGAAGGAUGGAAUGUAAACAAUCUGUUUUUUGAAAAUAAAGUAUUUUAUAUCAGAGAACUUACUUUUCUGGAAGUAUUGAAAAUUUUGAUUGACGGGUGGUACAUAUAUUUUAAGAUAAUGGAAUUUGCGGCUGUAUAGAGUUGUCUAUACAUUUUUAUGUAGAUGUACGUACAUGUUGCACCAUGUCAAGUUGCCAUAUUCGUGCAAAAGGGAAAAAAAAGUCACCAUGACGUUGACAUAAUUGGAUUUGGUCUAAAACAUAUCAGAUGACUGCUGCUGUCUGAUGAGGAUAUGCAUGAGAUACUCUCUUACUGUUGCCAGUUGUCAGCGUGCUGGAAGCGGGCAACUGCAUAAAUAUUGUGACAUAUUGUGUAAUAAUAUCUGUGGGAUUGCUCUCUGCUGGCAGAGCCAAUCUAAGUGUUGAAAUGCAUUUCAAGGUACUGCUUUGUUAUGACCAAGAAAAUAUUUUGCUUCAAAUGCAUUUGUAUAGAUGUGACUGACUUGUUUUUGUUUAAUUUGUUUUUAAUAAGUGAAGGUUUACAGUUUUGGUCUUUGUUCUAGCUCCUACAGUAAAGUUGUGUACGUGUCAAGGUUUUUGUUUGUACAUACACUGUGUAUUCAAUGUGCCUUUCUCUGUGGUGACUGAAUUCCUCCCCCAUUCAGCCCAGCUCUAUUAAGGUACAACUCAAGGACGACACUGGUCCUAAUUCCCAGUGUGGGUGUGUGUGAGUGUGUGUUUAUGUAUACGUGUGUGUGUAUAUCUUUUUAAAUGCUUGUCACAACCGUAAAAAAAACAUGCAAAUUCAUCAUUGUACAUUUUCAGGACUUGUUUUUGAAUUGUUUUUUUUUUUUUAAACUUCAUUAAAAUUAUUGUACAAUGUUAUAGAUGUAUGAAUGUAAAAUAAAGGUAUUGAAUUUCUAUGUAUUAACACCA